AUGUCAAAAGAUUUAGUGAAAGGAGUUCUUGAAUUAGAUCCAUGGUUAGAACCAUUUUCAAAUCAAUUAAUAAAAAGACAAGAACUAAGUCAAGAUUGGAUACGAAAAUUAACUAAAAGUGAAGGAUCAUUAUUAAAUUUUGCAAGUUCAUAUGAAACAUAUGGAUUAAAUCCAACUACUACAGGAGCUAAAAUAAUAGAAUAUAUUCCAGAAGUUCAAGAAGUUAGUCUUGUUGGAGAAUUUAAUAAUUGGAAUUUAGAUUCACAUAAAUUAAAAAAAAUAAAUGAAUUUGGAUUAUGGGAAUUAGAAAUUAAUGGUACUACAACAAUUCCUCAUGAUUCAGUUUAUAAAAUUGCAAUGAAAUUACCUCAUGGUGAAUGGAUAUAUAGAUUAGAUCCAUGGUGUAAACGUGCAACAUAUAAUAAAGAUUCAAAUUUAUAUGAAGGUAGAUAUUGGAACCCACCAACAAAUGAAAUUUAUAAAUUUAAAAAUAAAAGACCAAGAUUAUCUCAAGGUAUUAAAAUCUAUGAAGCUCAUGUUGGUAUAUCAACACCUGAACCUAAAAUUGGAAGUUAUAAAAAUUUUACCACCAACAUUUUACCAAAAAUUCAUGAAUUAGGUUAUAAUACUAUACAAUUAAUGGCAAUUAUGGAACAUGCUUAUUAUGCAUCUUUUGGUUAUCAAAUUACUAGUUUUUUUGCAAUAAGUUCAAGAUAUGGUACUCCAGAAGAUUUAAAAGAAUUAAUUGAUACUGCUCAUGGUAUGGGGAUUAGAGUAUUAUUGGAUGUUGUUCAUUCACAUAGUUCAAAAAAUGUUGAAGAUGGUUUAAAUAUGUUUAAUGGAACUGAUUAUUAUUUAUUUCAUGGUGGUUCAAAAGGUCAACAUGAUUUAUGGGAUUCAAGAUUAUUUAAUUAUUCAAAUUAUGAAACUUUGAGAUUUUUAUUAUCAAAUUUAAAAUUUUUCAUUGAUGUUUAUAAAUUUGAUGGGUUUAGAUUUGAUGGUGUAACAAGUAUGUUAUAUAAGCAUCAUGGUUUAAGUUCUGGAUUCAGUGGUGAUUAUAAUGAAUAUUUUAAUGAAGAUUGGGUUGAUAAUGAAGCUAUUGUUUAUCUUAUAAUUGCUCAUAUAUUAAUGAAAGAUAUAAGUGAAAAAGAAGAUAUUGAAAUUACAUCAAUUGCAGAAGAUGUUUCUGGUAUGCCUACAUUAUGUCGUCCAAUAACCGAAGGAGGAAUUGGAUUUGAUUAUAGAUUAUCAAUGGCUAUACCAGAUAUGUGGAUAAAAAUAAUAAAACAUUUACAAGAUGAACAAUGGGAUUUAGGUAAUAUAGUACAUACAUUAAUAAAUCGUCGUCAUGGUGAGAAAUGUAUAAGUUAUUGUGAAUCUCAUGAUCAAGCAUUAGUUGGUGAUAAAACAUUAGCAUUUUGGUUAAUGGAUAAAGAAAUGUAUACAAAUAUGUCAACAUUAAGUGAAUUAACUCCAGUAAUAGAUAGAGGUUUAUCAUUACAUAAAUUAAUUAGAUUAGUUACAUUUGCAUUAGGUGGUGAAGGUUAUUUAAAUUUUGAAGGUAAUGAAUUUGGACAUCCUGAAUGGUUAGAUUUCCCACGUUCUGGAAAUAAUGAAAGUUAUCAUUAUGCAAGAAGACAAUUUAAUUUAAUUGAAGAUGAUAUGUUAAGAUACAAAUUUUUAUAUAAUUUUGAUUCUGCGAUGCAACAUUUGGACGUAUUGGAUUCUCCACAAGCUUAUGUAUCAUUAAAAAAUGAACAAGAUAAAGUUCUUGUAUUUGAAAGAAAUGGAUUAUUAUUUAUUUUUAAUUUUAAUUCAACACAAUCUUUUCCAGAUUAUAAAGUCGGAGUUGAAAUUCCAGGUACUUAUGAAAUCAUAUUAAAUUCUGAUGAACCAAAAUUUGGAGGUCAUGAUAGAAUUAAAGAUCAUGAAAUUGGUAAAAAACAACAAUUUUUCACUAAUAAUGAAAGUUGGAAUCAUAGAUCAAAUUCUUUAAUGGUUUAUAUACCAAGUAGAACUGCAAUUGUAUUAAAAAAAGUUGAUUAA